CAGUAAACCAGUGUUUGGGUUUGAACUCACCCACUUGCUCAGGUUUAAUGGUUGGUGCGUUGGGUUGUAUUUUGAAUGUUAUAGCUGUUGGUGGACCAUUAAUAUAAGGAAACUACAGGAAAAUGGCGAAAGUACAGAGUUCAAGGGCUAAGAUAUAUGAGAAGAAAUCAUCGGUUGCUGAUGAACCUACAGAACAUAUUGAGUCAGAGGGGGAACGACUCAUAAAACACCUUGUUCAGAAGCAGAUUGACACCCACAUUAGUCUGUCUGAUCAGCUGAAGCAGAACAAGGAAUUUGAGAAAUCAACAGAGUAUGUUCCAUUGACCAAAUACACUUCAGGACAGAUUUCUCUUCAAGAAUUUGAAGACUGUACAAAACGAGCCACGCGCGUUGAAGAUCUGAAGUCAUCUGGUCUUACUGAUGAAGAAGUAGAGUUGGUACUUGAUCAUGGAAAAGGAAAAGAAUUUUUAUACGAGAAAUAUAAGAAGCUGGAGAGUUCUGUUUUAAAAUCUCGGCUGCAACAGGUCUUUUCAAAAAUUAAAUCUAGUAGAGCAGAGCAGUGGGAUAAUUCUAAAGAAAGUGGUUCGAUUGUAAGUCGACACGAGCAGGAACUCGGUUUGUCAGUAAAACCAAACAGUGAACACACCAGACUACUGCAGUUUGCUUUAUCAUGUCAGCCAGCUGGAAGCAGUACAAACCUGACACCUUUGAGUCACCCCAUCAAUCACCUCAAGGAACUUGAACAGCAGCUUUUUGGUCACCUUGCAAAGAGGGAUCAACAACAACGAAAAUCAAAGAAAUAUCUAAAUGCAUCGUCAGCCCAAAGAUUCAAAUCUAAACAGUCCACAUCGACAAAACUAAAAAUGUCUGGCGAAAGAACGCUGUGGGAUUUGAAGGACGCGUCUGUUACGAAGAGCCCGUCGAGAGGAACGACCAAAGUGUGUCAUAUGUACUCUUGUAAACCUGAAAACUUGUACACCAUCAAAGACAAGAAGAUUGUGCCAGUUAGUGAAGUUCCUUCAUCUCCAAUCUCUGUUCGGAGCGCGUCUCUCAGUAGCGGUGGCUGUAACGGACAGCCGUUUGUAGUUUCAGAUGUUGCAGAUUCUGACGUUAAGAUAUUACAUAGAGAAGAUAUUCAAAGGAACAAACUGAGCACGGAAGAAAUAAAAUUGCUUCCCAGAUUUCAAAAUUAUGAUAAAGGACCCCCAUCUCAGGUCCUGUUUGUGAAGAAUCUGUCAAACAGGGUCAAAGAGGCUGACCUGGUAUCCGUGUUCGGACACUUGGAUGACCGAGGGCAACGGAGAAUAAUUUACAGACUUAUGACGGGAAGAAUGAAAGGGCAAGCUUUCGUUACUUUUCCAAGCGUUGAGAAAGCGACACAGGCGUUAGAAUUGAUCAACGGAUAUAUCUUAAGGAAGAAGCCUAUGAUAAUACAAUACGGCCAUACUCCGUCUUCAAAGAGCAAGGCGGAGGCUGCUGUACACAGUUAAACAAUGCGCCACUUCUUUGUUCAGUUACUUUCUCAGACUUACGAGCCAAGUGAAAGGAAAUUGGCACGAAUCAAAUUAUUUAUUUCAGUAACUUUCUUGUCACAGACUUUGUGGAAACUGUAACAGCGCAACUGAAUAUUCUGGGUUCCGAGGCACCGGAUUCUUGCUACUUUGUGAAUUUGGCAUAAGACAUUAUUUUUUCUUUCUUCAGAUAAGAUGUCACCAGAAGAAUAUUCACAAAUGUAGCUUAUCUUAGAUUGUUAGAAAGGUCUGAUUUUUGUUUUUCAUUUAUGUGUCAAGUGGGAUUUAUGGUGAUUUUCUUGGAGUGUACACACCACAUGGUUUAGGGAACUGCUACGGUGGUCUAGAACGCUGGGCUUGUAAUACUGGGGUCCCGGGUUCGGUUCCCGGCGGUGCUCAGAUUUAUAACUUGUGUUGGGCAAGGCCGUGGUCCAGGCAACACGGAGUUUUCCUCCGGGGUUUCUCCGUGGCAUCCCAACAAUUACUCCACUCUCGCGAAAAGGGGGUCACAUCAGGAGUGUUAAAUGUCGCGGUCCCGAUCGAACCCAUGUACUGAUGGAUCGUGAAUCCUCCUAACCACCAAUGCACACCAUACUCAAUGGUGUGUACUGGACACGAAACAAAAUGGUUUAAGGAGUGGAAUUAAAUUGUUAUUCAGGUGUAACAAGUGGGAAGCAUAAAGGUUAUGAUGACGUUUUGAACUGUGUGAGUUUUCGUGUAAUUUGUGACUUGCCCGAGUUCCUGAAUUCCGGUUCUACCGUAAGAAAUAGAGACGUAACAUGAACUACGUUUAUGGGAAAUAUCCAGGCUGGCUGCCGAUAGGAGGUCAGAAUUUUGUUGUUAUCUGUUCAUAGUCUUUGUGAGUUAGGUGCAGCAUACUCAUGUAAAUGAUUCUGUCACAAUAAGACGUUCUUUGAGGUUUGUUCAAGUAUUGUUUUGACUAGAGCUAUUGAUGUACAUUAUCAACGUGGACAUAAAAUUAACUUUUUCUCAACUUCUGAAUGAUCUAUGUUAUGUAAAUGUGGAGGAGACCUCCGUCAAAUUGACGUAUAUGAAUAAAAAUUAAAUAUAUCAAAUUGUAAGGUCUUUGUUUAACAGAGAACAAUAAAAUCUUUAUCUGUUCA